AUGUUAUCAGCCGACCAAAAUCUACGAAGACGCAAGCCUAAGUCACAAACUAUUGAUUUUCCAGCUGGUAUACAAGAUGUCAUCGCUGAUGAGUCCUAUCAGUAUUAUUGGCAGCCAUAUCCUAAGAAUCUCUGGGAGCGUAUCCCCUGGGUAGUUGACCUUGUCACCAACUUAAAAGGUGUUGGCUGGAACUGGGCUAUUUCAUCUCUACCACCAUUCCCGCCAGAGGUACUAAAAAGCCUAGGAGAGCCCAUUCCUGAAGAAUCUUAUACUGGCGUUUCUUCCGUUGGAGUGAAGGCAUUUCGCUCCCGCGGCCAACUUCUCCGUUCACAAAUACCGCGGAUUCUCGUUGUUUUUCUAGCACUGGAGACGAUCAUUUUAUUAAUGAUGAAAGACCCAUUUUUCAAGUUUGGGGUUACUACAUUUGCUCUACCAUCAUAUCUACAAUUGUUACCUCUUAGUAUACUGAGGCUUUAUCGUCAAAUUCUAGAGUUUUGUGCAAUAACCUUAUCACUUUACAUAAACUCUGCUAUACCAGCAGUAGUUAUCUCAGGUAUAUUUGGGCCAAGAAUCUUUGGCCUGAGCGCCGAACCAUGGUACUGGCCUAGUUUUUGGGGGUCCUUCUCGAAUGUACUUGAAAGGGGACUAGAUGGUUUUUGGGGAGGCUUCUGGCACCAGUCAUUUCGAAUAGUAUUUACUACACCUACGAGGUACCUUAUCAAGAAUGACUACCUUAAGCCUCAUUCUUCUGCAGCUAUGUUAUGCUCUCUUAUGGUAGCCUUUUGCCUAUCUGCACUCAUGCAUUGGGCAGGAUGCAUAGUUUUUUUUAUUAACACUAAUGCCGUUCGUAUGGCUUUAUUCUUCAUAAUCCAACCCAUGGGAAUUUUGAUUCAAAAAGCUCUAUGUGCGACCGUUCAGCCUUACCUCAAUAAGAUACCCCAGGACAUACGUUAUGCUGGCAAUUUUCUUUAUGUUCUUGUCUGGCUAUUCUUAACAAGCAAUUUAUUUAUUGAGGAGCUAGUCCGCGGUGGGACUUGUUUAUUACCGGCAUUUCCUAUCAGCAUCAUGCAAGGUCUCGGUAUUUCUGAGACAGGUUCGGGAUGGUGGUCAUGGCCUCAGCUAUAUAUUAGGUGGCAUACUGGAGACAAAUGGUGGACAAGUGGUCUUACUAUUUAG